AUGCCAGCAGCAGAGGCCGAACGCGGGGUGAAGACACAGCCGACAGCGGUGGCGGCGGCGGCCGGAGUUGGCGCGAGCGUGAGGCGCGCGACUGGGACAAGGGCGAGGGUGCCCUCGACGGGGACCGGCGGGAGACGGCGGCGGACGGGGGUGGCCGCCGCUUGGCGGGAGGGAGAGACGUCUCGAGGCAUCGUGGCGACAGAAGCGGCCGAGGAGGAGAAGGAGAAGGAGGGUACAGCUCGGUUGAUGCCGGCGGGUAUCGAAGGGCCGAUGGCGCCGGGCCGAUCGGCGGGAGAGCGAUGCGCGACGACUCGAGAGACAGACUCCCCAGCGGCGGUAGUAGCCGUGGAGGACGGACCUCUGUUCGAGAAGCCGGAACUUCCCGCGAAACUGAUGUUCAGGGAGGAAGCCGGUGCCAGCAGCAGCAGCAAGGCCGGGCGCUCCCGAGUCGGCGACGCCGGCGCAGGCGGCCGGCCGGCGGACGUGGUUCGCAAGACCGCCGCCGCUGCUGCUGUUGCGGUUGCGGAGACACCUGUGCUUUCGACGAGAACCCCCCCCGGUGAUAGGAGUAAGGCGAUCGGGCCUGGAAAGACGGCGGGGGUGGCGGAGGAGGGUAAGGCUAAGGCUACCCCCACCGCGAAGAAGCUGCUGACCGAGGCGGAGCUGACGAAGCUAGCCGUCGCGGCGAUGAAGGCCAAGCUUAAGGGGGACAAGGCCUCCCACGCGCGCCUGACGGAGGAGGCUCGUGCCGGAAGAGAGGCGAACGCGGCGGCAGCGGCAGCGGCGGCGGCGGCGGCAGCAGCAGCCCCCUGGAAACCCGGACAAGACGACGACAACGGCAACGACAACGCCGCCGCAGGCGGGACUGUCGGAGGGACUCCUAGAACAACCGUACGGAAAGGGGGGAACAACAAAAAGGAGGAUGGGAGUGAAGGAGACGACGGGGAGGAGGAGUUGGAGGUUGUUACGGCGUUCGACGAGAACGGGAGGCCUAUCCGGACCGGUGGCGCUGCUCUCAUGAGGGAGGACCUCAGGACCGGAGCACGAAAGGGCAAGCUGAAGAAGGCCGGGGGCAGGUGGGCGGAACACAAAGACGAGAGCGUGGCGGACUUCGUGCGCCGGGAGCGAGAAGAGGGCUUCGAAGACAUGGACGAAACCUUCGUUCGAAAUGUGUCCCGCCUUGGGAGUAGGUUCAAGGGCACCGAGCUUGGAGGGGCGCACACGGGUCUCGCUGGAGAGGACGAGGAAGAAGAUGUGGAUAUGCGCAUGUUCCAGAGGCCGGAAGACCGCAUGACGGCCGUCGCGGCGGCGGAGCGUCAGAAGGCCAAGAUUGUUGCUGCGCACCGCCGACAGUCGGCUGUCACAUCCAGGUGUCCUCUGUGCAUGGACUCGUCGUCGUUCAAGAAGCGGCUGGUGCUGUCGCUGGGAGAGCACACGUACCUCUACCUGGCCACGGGCACCCACCGCCUUUCUGGAGGGCACUGCUACAUCGUGCCGAUACGCCACACACCGGCAUCAACGGCGUGCGACGAGGAGGUAUGGCGAGAGAUCGAGCUCUUCAAGUCGUCGCUGCGAAAGAUGGCAGCAGCGGACGACGACGACGACGACGACGACGACGACGACGACGACGGUGCCAACGAGGGCGAGGACGAGAGCGGCAGCGGGGACAGAAAGAAGAAGCACGGCAGCAGCAGCAAGGAGGCCAAGAAGAAGAAGAACAAGAGCAACAAGAAGAAGAAGAAGAAAUCGUCGUCGAAGGGCGGACAUCACGACAGCGAUAGUAAGGAUGGUGACAGCGGCGGCGGCGGCGGCGGCGGUGGUGUUAUUUUCCUGGAGACGGGAGGAAAGCCGGGCUCCUCCGCGGCAAGACACGCGUUCAUCGAAGCCGUCCCCGUACCGAGAAACGCCUCGCUAGACGCCCCCAUCUUCUUCCGACAGGCACUCAUGGACGCCGGGGACGAGUGGUCAACGCACAAGAAAUGUAUACCCUCCGACCCCCGCAGGGGGGGGAUCCGGCGGGCGGUCCCCAAGGGAUUUCCGUUCUUCCAUGUGGAGUGGGCGGACGGGGGUUACGCCAACAUCAUCGAGGGGGAGGAAGCCAACUUCCCCCGCGACUUCGGCGUCGACACUCUGGCUGGCAUCCUGGGGACCGACCCCCCGAGCUUCGGCGGCAGAGGGAGGGGCCGGGGUGCCGACGCGUUCUNGGCGGUGGAAGAGGAGAGGAAGCUGGUGAUGGCGUUCCUUGAGAAGUGGAAGGCUUUCGACUGGACUUCGGAGCUGGACGGUGGAGAGUACCAAGAAAGUGGUGCGGCGUGAUGGGGAAGGAAGUCACCAACCAAGAAUUGAUGUCAUGUCUAUCAUCGUCGCGGGGACAUCUGUUCGGAUCGACACCUCCUGUGGCAAACUGAACGCCAAGACCGUGCGUUGCGCUUCGGCAAGCGGUACGGUCAUGGAUGGCAGACACUACGGCAAUGGGUGAUGUGGACAGGGUUCGGGGGGGAGGGGGUAUAUCCAACUCGCCCUCCCCACGAACCCAAGAUUGCGCAAUUUGUUGCAACACCACCAUAGUGGGAGGGCUUCAAUAUCGCUUGAUAUGUGCCCGGUGCAUUGAUCGGUGCUAUUCAAGUGCAGAACAACUUGGUUCAGUCUGUACCCAGCCAAUUUCAUCGGCACUGCAUAGGCCGCUGGUGCUGUUCAAGAGGCAUUCGUGAGCGCCCCCCACUGCAUCUGUUUCGUUCGGUGUGUACGACGAGCUCUCCCCAGCGGUCGUGUGAGCAAGCCAGAGAAGCUGAGCGGACUGCUGUUGUUGCUACUUCAGAUUUUUGGUUUUCUGGACUAGGCGGGGGCGGUGACUCGGCGGAGCGUGCGCGCUGCUCUGGACGUGGGGCACGCCGACAUGGGCGAUAAUUUGGCGCGACAAGACACAACGAGAUGAGCUAUUGAUAACUUUGUUGCAAUGGAAGCGAGCGAUGACCCAACGGUCUAUCUAGACUUGUGCUGUGACAGUCAACGAGAGGCGAGACGAUUGGGAUGGUCAUCUCUCUCAUGUGGGAAGUCGCGUGUAAAAACUCUGUGCCGUCGCUGGGUUAGCACCUAGUGAAGUGCUUCUAAACCUGUAACCGCCUCUCCCUAGGCUGUCGAUGACUGCCAUUAAGCAUCCUUUUGCUCGAGGUCAUCAAAGCUUGGGUCGUGACCAUGUCGCUUGCCGUGCUCAUGAGUUAGCACGUGAGCAGCACUAUUUUAAUGUCGUUCGUUUCGCAGAAUGGGCGUCGGACUUCACAGCCCUUUCGGGUGCUUGCUUGCGUAAACUUGCGAUUUGGCACCGCACCGU